CUGGUAAUCUCACACUCCUAUUGUUGUUCUCAUCUACUUUUUCCCCAAAUAGUUUAUAGAUCUACAUUUCGAGUAAUUUUUUUGAAUUUUAGUUUGAGUCUUUUUGCUGGUAAACUAUAGCUUUGAAGGGGGUUUAUUGCAGAGCAAAGUAUGAUGGUGUCGAGAGGGAUAAGUGGUCAAUGAGGAUUCUCUGGGGCUGUGCACUCGGAAGUGCAGUUGGUAAUGUAUCUUCUUGGACCUUUCGAUCCGUUUUCUUUAAAGCUUUUUUCUUAUGAAUUUAUUGUAGGUGGUUGCUGUAGAAAGACAAACCCAGAACAGAGCACGUGCUUUGGCUGAAGGUUUGAGAGCUGGUGAUGCCUGAUAAUACUCUCUGAAAUCUACCAAGUGCUGUGUUUAUUUUUACAUGGAUACACUAUAUAAUAACAUCUUGUUCCUAAGAUGGUUUUUGAUGCACUUUCUUGUUGGCAACUAAUCCUAAAACGAGUUCGAAAACUUGUAAGAGUUGAACACACAAUUUGUGUUAUGGAAUAAAGCACCUUCUUACCUUUCUCCUUGGACUCAUGCUAUGUUUGUGAAUCACUCUUUUUUUUUUUGCUUUCACGGUAUGUGUUUUCUUUAAAGAAUAUCACUUCCUAUAAAAACCAUGAGGGAUUCAUUAUUUGAAAAAUGUACAAGCAGGAUCAGUUUAUUUCAUAGGAUUAACAAAAAAAAAUGGGAAAGGGACACCAAGGCAAAUGCUUUGGACUCCUCCUGUUACUAUGCCUCUUUAGUUCAACUUUGGCACGCAGGGUUCUCAAGGAUCUCUCAAUGAAGCUAGAUAUGAACCAUGUUGUGAAGCCUAGUUUGAGCGUGCAAGAUCAUGAGAUGUUCAAUGUAGAAUCUGAGCACAUAGUGAAGCCUGACCAUAAGCUGCAGUCCAUGCCGGGUGAACCAGAAGAGCCUGAGGACAAGGUCAUGCCUGAUCAUAAACUCCAGUCCAUGCCGGGUGAACCAGAGGAGCCUGAGGACAAGAUCAUGCCUGAUCAUAAACUGCAAUCCAUGCCCGGGGAACCAGAAGAGCCUGAGGACAAGGUCAUGCCUGAUCAUAAGCUGCAGUCCAUGCCGGGUGAACCAGAAGAGCCUGAGGACAAGGUCAUGCCUGAUCAUGAACUGCAAACCAUGUGGGGUGAGCUAGAAGAACCUGAUCCUAAAACUAUGCUCGAUCACAAAGAAAAGCCUGAUCAUAAAGUGCAGUCCCUGGCGAGUGAACCAGAAGAUCCUGACCAAACAGUUAAGCCUAUGGGGUAUGGUGAAGGUAGGGGCUUUGGAAAUGGCGGUGGCUAUGGAGAAGGCGGUGGCUAUGGAGAAAGCGGUGGCUAUGGAGAAGAAGGUGGCUAUGGAAGUGGCUAUGGAGAAGGUAGUGGCUCAGGCGAAGGGAUUGGUAUCGGCGUAGGAGGUGACUCUAGUGGUAGUGUACCAAGUGUAGUUGUCCCAAGCAUAUCAAUCCCUCCCAUAACGGUUCCAGGCGCACAGAUUCCCGGUUUUAUGAUUCCAGGGGUCAGGGUUAAUCCUGGUUAUGGUUCUGGGGGAAGCCAAACCGGUGGUUGCACCCCAAGCGUACCAUACUACCGCCCACCUAUAUACCAACAACCACCAAGCUGUUCCCAUUGUGCACCUUUCGUUUCAGGACAAGACAAGCACAUGUCAGACAAAGGAACUAUGACCGAAGAAGCUCUUGCACCCACUUCAAAUGAGAUGCUCGUCUAAGCUUUCAGUGUCCAUAGAAACACAAAAGUAUAAUAAAAUCACUCAUAAGGAUAUAUAUAUCGUAUUUUGGUUUGAUAAAAGCGUCACAUUAAGUUGAAUAAUCCAACACAAAGUUUUAAAUAAAUGAACUUUCGUUAAGACCAGAAAUAGUAAAGAAGCAGGCAACUAACUGGAACUGUAAUUGAAUUGCCUAAUAUUGAUUUAUAGUGUGACAUGAUCAUCGCUCGUGCCAUGGUCAUGAUGAUCAAUCAUUCUCGGAAUCAUCAUUACAGUAA